GUGAAGAAUGGUAGUUUUCCCGCUUCUCGGGCCAAGACGUUAUCGAGAAUUCGAGACUCAGUGAUAAAAACGAUUAUUUGAGGAAUUUACACAAAACAACCCGUCCUUUGCAGAUUUAAUAGAUUCUUUUUAUUUUCGUUAUUCCGACAAUUACUUCUCGAUAAACUCUAGCUUAAUAGUGUUUUUCUUGUACCUCAUACAAGUGCUUUGUUUGGGGUGGAAAAUGUCCUGCUGGUCAAACGUCGUGACCGGGUUCAAUGCAAACGACGAAACAAUCAAUUUCGGAUCGAGGCCGGUCGCCUUGGUCGAAGAUUCCGUCUACGAAACAAAAACAGUCGCCACGAUAGAAUCCAGCUCUAAAGUUAGUGACACCACGAUAGAAUCCAACUCUAAAGAAAUCGAAAAUACAGCUCCUCUGUGCAGAUCAUUUUAUCUAAAGAACUAUUUGGGCUUAACAUUGGAUAAAACAUUUCUGCUGUUUAAUGACUUAUGCACUACUGUGAUUAUCAAUCACUCUUUUGAUAAUGUGAUUGAUGCCUUCCACAUAACUGGUGAUGGAAAGUUUUCCUUUUUUGCUUUAGCCUCAUUUGAGUUGUUCUGCAUGGAUUUGACAUCUCCUGGGAAAAUAGUUUUUAAAACGACAUUGCCAUGCUCUCCAGAAAAACCAGACAAAGUUGAACAGUUAAUUUCAAAGCAAUCUGACAUUUUCUUCAAUCUUUACAUUCUCUUCAGCAGUGGUAAAAUAUUAAAGUUACCUCUUGAAGACAUUCCAAAUUAUGAAGGGAAUAACGAGAGCAAAACAAACUUGGAAGUUGUAAACAAUGACAUUGUACAAGACCAUAAUUUAGUGACAGCAAUGUUUUGCUAUCACUUCUGUGAUGACAUGAAAGCCUUGUUUUGUGUUGGAAACAAAAUUGCCUUAUGGUCUGAAAAUGCUCAGAAUCUCUCAGUUGCAUUAAAUCUUAAAAAAGAGUACAAAAUAAAGAAGAUAAAGUCAAGUGGUCUGUAUAUAAUAGCACUUACUAUGAAUGGAGACUUAAUACAGAUUGGACAAGAUUCAUUUUUAAUUAUUCACGAAUGGAAGAAUUAUAACAUAAUUGAUUUUACAUUUAUUAACAAUUCUGCCGAUUUAAAUUUUGAUUUGUUAUUUAUAACAGAAAUUGAUAUAUUUCUUCUUGAACCAAUCAGUUUGACGUUAAAAUUUAAGCUGAAAACAGGCUUUCCAAGUUUUUUAAUUGAAGGUUUAGCAGAUUGUGAGGAUUUAUUUUACCUAGAAGGAGUAAGAGUAGAUAAUUUUGUUGAUACUGUAAGGGUUAAAGCCAUAACUGUGCAUCAUCCAGAAUUUAGGCUUGAAAGGCUUCUUGCAAGGAUGAAAUUUACAGAGGCUGAAGAAUUCGCUAAAAAAUACAACUUACUCGAGAAUGUUAGAAAAUCAAAGGCGCAGUGGUUGAUGGGAGAACUUCAUCUUAACAAAGUCCUGGAAGAGACCCAUUUUUUUUAUACAGAAUUUUUUUCUUUGAUGAACAUAAUAAUGGAUGAUGAGUUUGUUGGUGAAUGUUGCUUGAAAGUAACACCUCCAGAUAUAAUAAAAACUAAAGAUGUCGUGGAAUAUGCAUGGAACAGACUAUCAACAUUACCAAAAAAAAAUCCAAAUGUAAUAAAUCUACUUAAAUUAUUAAAACAACUUUUGAAUGCAGUGAGUUCAUUCUUGUUGAUUUAUGGCGAAUCUGGUAGUUCUGAGGAGUGGCUGAAUUUUUCUACAAAAAGUCCUUUCAUCAUUUGCCAAGAAUUUUUGUCUAAAGGUCAAAUAAGGGAAGCCAUUAUAAUCUGUAAGCGCAAUGAAUUGCAAAUGAAAAGCGUGCUUUCAACUGAAACCGAAAAGCCUUAUUCAUUAUUUGAAGUUAUAUCCUCGGAUGUUUCUGUGGAAGAAUGUUUAGAAUGGCUUAAUUGCUAUUUACCUAUUGUAUUAUCUAAUCAUUCACAAUUGUUGGAUAAAGUUAUCAACUGGAUAAUAAAAAAGGCUAAAUAUAUUGAGCACCAAAAUCUUGAUUUGUGGCCAAGAAAAGCUUUAGAAUUUUCACAACAAUGCUCUGUUAUGUUGAGAAAUAUAAUAAACAGUGACAUAAUAGAAGACAACUUUUCUCUUCACCAAGGGAUAAGCUUACCAAGUUCUCCAAUAAAUAUAUUGAACGAAUUUUCAUUUAAUCUUCAUAAUCUGUGCAUUUUAAAAGAGGAAUUUGCCAUCCAUAUUGAAUAUGACAGUUAUAUACAGUAUCAAGAUAGUCAGCAACGGAUGGUGUUUUUACAUUUAUUAUUUGAUUAUGUACCGAAACAUUUGAUUCCUACUUUUGUUGAAAAUUUUAUUAACAUCAUGUUUGUAGACCAAUGCAAAGAUAUUGAUAAAAUAAUUGCCAACUAUAUUAGAAGACAGAGUCGUGAUUUAUAUAUCAGUAAUCAUUCUUGGGAGGAGGGAAGGUGUGUCACAUAUAUAGAAUGUAUUAAGGAUUUGUCUGAAAAAUUAAAUAUCAUACAAUUUAUUCUACCAAAAGUGUCUAUACCUCUUAGUAGUGAUAUUGAGAAUCUAAUUGAAAAAAUAAAACAUCACAAUCAUCCUCUAGUCAUUCAUGUUUUGAAAGAAGUAAGUGAUUUAUCUAAAAAAGCUAUACUCAAGAAAUAUGGAUUUCAAUAUAAAUCUAUUGACAUAGACGAGAUAGAUACAUGUGCUCUUCGAAUAUUUGAAAAUAGUGGAGAAGACGGCUUGGAAGAUGUUAAACUUCUUCUAAAUACUGGGAGUACAACGUUGAAUAUCGAACCUUACAGGGCAAUGUGGAUGAUAGCAAUUAAUAAAGGGUCUGCACAACGCGCAUUUUCUAUAAUAAAAGAUGAGAUUCCACCGAAUAAAAUAAUAUUACUAUGCAAAAGUAUGGUUGAAUACAUACAUUUAAGUUUGAAGAUGCGAACAAGUUGUGAUGAAAUCAACAAUUGUAUACUAGCUCUUGACAAUAUUAUUUCUUACUGCACUUGUGAAGGAAGUGUAGAGUCAAGAACUAUUGUAGAUUUUGCACAGAAUGUCAUAGCUAUUCACAAAAUCCAAUUAUUUGAUAAAAAAACAUUCAACAUGGAUAAUAUGUAUGGUGUUCACAAAGGAUCCGUUCUAGAAUUUUGCGUUUCACACUUAACAGAAGACGUUCCAAAAAACAUUAUUCCUACUGAAAAUUGUGAAUUUGUACUUUUAUUGAAAAAGCGAGUAUCACAAAUAGCCUCUGACUUACAAUUGAAAUUUGAGAAAUGCAUUUUAGAAUUAACAUCACAAUGCGUCAUAAAAGGGAAAAUUCACUGUGCCACUUUUUUUAUCCAAUUGUUGAAAGAGAAUAAUUUUCUUGACUCUAGCCCAAGAGAAGUUUCAAAACUUUUAGAAUUAAUAUUAGAUAUUUAUUGUCAAGCACCAGAUAAAGAUGAAGAAGUUGCAAGCGUUUUGUUAGAUAUAGCCAGUUCAUUGAUUAUUUCAUGCGCAUCAAUGGACAUAAAAAGGAACAUAGAUAUGCUAACAAUCUGCAAGUUAUUUGUCAUUCCGCUUCAAAAACCCGAAUGGUCUACUAUUUAUGAAGAUCCUUUUGAAGUGCAUCAAUUAUUUUUGACUCCUGCAGUUGGGAAUUCACUAUUAAAUUGUGUACGGAAUGUACCAGCAAAAGUUGAUAAUGCUGAGUUAAAUAAUGACUUAGAGAAAAUUCUGCAAGCAAUACCAAAUGAUUUAAUUUCAUUCAACUAUAUGUAUGCAUUAACUUGGCUACUUUUAAAGCAAGGCGAAGUAGAUCUAAAAACGUUGAAGAAAAUUUCAAAAAUAGCAUCACUAAAAGCGUCUGCAAUAAUUUUGAACAUGCUAGCAGCUCGUUCGUUUUCUCUUAACCUUGCUUUAAUUUUAUUACACCAUUUCCAACCAGAACAGGCUGUUCAGUGGCUGAAUAACGUUACAAACAAAAUGAAUGGAGACGAUUUAAAGUGGAAUAAUGCUUUAGGUCUUCUUGGAAAAUAUUAUUAUGGGCUGCGUCAAGAUUUAAAGGAAAGUGAUAUGUUAAAUUAUUUUAACGAAAUUUAUAUCAUGUCGUCUUGGGGCAUGAAAAUUGUGAAUUAUGGGAUUCCGUCUAAAGAGGCAUGUUGUGACGGUGUUGAUGGCAGAAAGAAGUUAUUAAAAAAAUUAAUUGCUACGCCUGGAAUAGAAAUGGAUGUAUUACAACAGUACUGCAUUGAUAUGAAAUUGGAUAUCCAAAAAUGUUUGCUAUUUUAUCUAGAACAUGUAUUACUAUCAUGGAAACCAAUUUUUUCUGUUACAAAGAAUAAAGUAGGAAAAACCGUUUUGGUUUUUGAAAAUGACACAAAAGAACUACUAACAAUAUGUCAAAGAAUUGUUUAUCAAAUUGGAAAUGAAGACAAUCUUACUAAAUUGCUACUUCAGACGAUUUGGGAUCAGGUAAAUACAUACUAUUAUGAGGUUUUUCUUGUGAUAUUGGAAAUUGUCCCAACAAAGUUUUGUGUGAAACUUCAAAAGUAUAAAUUAAUUCUAAAUUUUUUACUAGUGUAUACCAGAGUUGGGGAAAUUCAGGAAAGUGAAGAAAAUGAAUGGUUUGCCCUAAAUCCUUCAAAUCAGACACUUCCAGAAAUAGCCAAGUAUCGCCUUCCAUUAAAUAAAUUUCCUUGUGAUGUUGUGAAGACAAUGAAAACAGAAUUUACUUUGGAAACUUAUAACAUUUGGCUGACAGCCCCUAUUUGGACUCCAAACACCCAAAAUCAAGAUCUAAUUUGUUCAUUCACAAUUACUAAUCUUAAAAAUGAAGAUUCUCACACAAAUUCAAAUACUUGGCAGUUAAGUAGUAGAAAAAAAGAUUUAUUAGAGAAAAUUAAAGAGUGUCUUGACCAUAUUAAAAGUUUUGAAACUGCAGUCGCUGCUCUCUACUUUGUUGUCAAUCAUGUAAUGCCACCAGGAAUUGACCAGGUUCAAGCAGCUCAGUUGUGUUUUAUGAAGGCAGAGCAGUGGGCAGAAAAUGAACGUUCUGAAAAAGCAAUUGUAGGGAGGGCUAGGGCUGAGAAAAAAUAUCUCACUGUUUCAACAACACACAUUUUACAUAAAUAUGGAUUGGGCAAACCAGAAUACAUAAAACUAGCUCUUCAGCCUGCAAAUUUAAUUAGUGUUUUGUACCAUGAUCCAUCUUUAUUGGAAGAUUCGUUGUCUAUUAAACCCGAUAUCAACAAGGCUGUUGAGUGUAUAACAGCCCUCCAUAGUGUAAACAUUGCAAAUGUCACAUUGGAAUUAUUGACAAAGUGGCUUGACGCUGAAAAUAAGGAAUCUAGUAUUGAUUACUUUUUAGUUGAUAGUAAAUGUAAAAUUGUGACUACACAAUAUUCAGAUAAUGUCAAGCGUGCUUGUUAUUUAUUACUUGGAAGUAAAGAACUGAGCAAAGUUGAGAGUUACCUCAUUGGGGUUGUUUUUACAAGAAAUCAUGAAGAAAACCGUAAACCUGUUGGUAUUAGAUUAAGAGCACUCCAAUGCCUUACAGCUAUCACCACAGCUGAAAAACUUCAGUUGAUAACUGCAAGAUCUAUUGAAGCAAUAAAAAGUCACAUGAAAGUAUUAGAAAUAGUGUACCAACUAGAAUUGUAUGGAUAUUCGUAUACGAUUAAAGGUUUUGAACUCACUUCAAAAGAAGCCAUGGUCUCAAACCUUUUGAAGAAGCCUACCAAUGGAAAAUUAAGACUUGCAGCAUAUAUCGCUCGUUGCUACAAAAUAAAUAAACCUGAAAUAUGGGAUGAUAUUGCACAGAAAAUGGUAACCUUACUAAUGACAACCGACUUGGAAAUUUUGUUGCCCCAUUUUGAGGAAAUGAUGAUAAACCAACAUACUACUAAACUCAUAUGGGCCCGACUAAUUGAAACAGCCAUGUCUUCUGAAGACAGUGAUAAAGUCAUAGAUUUGGUGGAAAAAUCCCCUGACUCUUCCUACUUGAAUGUUAAAGCUUUAUUACAGUAUUUCAGAAAAAAACAAAAUCAGACAGCAAUAAAAUAUCUGAUGAGCUUCACUAAAGACUAAUAUAUUUUAAUAGCGUGCAUUAUAUAUAUGAUUACUUUUACUUUUGCAUAUUUGUUGAUAUUAUAUUUUUUAUAUACUGUAAUAGGUGCAUA